AUGCAGGAGGAACCGCCUAAUAAGAAGGCUAAGUUGGUGCAUGAGGGAACCAAAAAAGGUGAUGAUUUCAAGAACUUUGAACGGUUUUUUUUCCGCCUCAAUACACUUUACACAUUUCUAAUUUGCAGAAAGCAUGUUGUACCUACCUUCAAGACGCUUUGUGAUCCUAUAGGAGCUGCCUUGAAGAGAGCCAUUACGAAAGAAGAUCUAGCUAGGGUGAUGGCUCUUAUGCCAAGGGACUGUGUUUUCAAGUACAUCGACGAGAACCAGAUUUAUACCGAAACUAAAAUCUUUGAUUUUAAUAAUGGGGGUUUCCAACAGAAGGAGAAUGAUAUAUUUGAGCUGAAGGACGCGGAAGAUCAAUAUGAACGUGGAAGAUCCACUCAGCUACUUAUAUUCGAGUUUAUAGAUGGGACGAUGCAACGUUCUUGGUCGGCAAGUGAUAAAUUCUCUCAGGUAAAGAUACCCACCUAUACAACGGAGGAAAUGAAAAAAAUGAUUUCGAAGAGGGAAGUCCUCUUUGAAUCGAGAUUACAGGAGUUCAUCCUUGAGAAUGAAAAGCUUGGGCUUGAUCCAUUCUUCGAGUUGACGAAACUGGCGCAAAAGUAUAUUCCAAAGGAAAGAGAUUAUGAGGAUCCUAUUGAGGCAAUGAUGAAAGCUAAGCAAGAAGGUGCUGAGAUGGUUAUCCCCGAUGAUUCUGGUAAUCCGGGUAUAGCUACAAUCCCUCAAAUGAUUGAAAAGUUGAAGCAUACUGAAUUCUACGCUUCUCAGAUAAAACACUGCUUUACGAUACCAUCAAGAAUAGCUGCGUAUAAAGACCUCAGUUUUGAACUCGCACCAGAAGUGUAUCAGGGAUUGGAGCACAACCGCUUCUAUAGUCAUCAAGCAGAUGCCAUAAAUGCCCUUCACCGAGGCGAAAAUGUUAUUAUUACAACUUCAACGUCUUCAGGUAAGUCUCUAAUCUAUCAAUUAGCAGCCAUCGAUCUUUUGUUAAAGGACUCAGAAUCAACGUUUAUGUAUAUAUUUCCAACAAAGGCUUUAGCCCAAGACCAAAAGAGAGCUUUCAAGGUAAUACUUUCGAAGAUUCCCGAGUUAAAAAAUAUUGUGGUUGACACAUAUGAUGGGGACACAGAGUCAAGCGAGAGAGUCUAUAUUCGGAAAAAUGCCAGAGUUAUUUUCACUAAUCCUGACAUGAUACAUACUAGUGUUUUACCAAAUCAUGCCAAUUGGAGACACUUUUUGUAUCAUCUCAAGCUGGUGGUGGUCGAUGAAUUGCACAUAUAUAAGGGUUUGUUUGGAUCACAUGUAGCACUAGUAAUGAGACGCUUGCUAAGAUUGUGCCAUUUUUUUUAUGAAAACACUAACUUGCAAUUUAUUUCUUGUUCAGCUACCUUAAAGUCCCCGAUUCAGCAUAUGAAAGAUAUGUUUGGCAUUAACGAAGUUACUUUGAUACAUGAAGACGGAUCACCCACAGGUGCCAAACACCUAGUAGUGUGGAACCCUCCAACCCUAUCUCAACAUGAACGUAAACGAGAAAGUUUUAUUCGAGAGAGUGCUAAGAUUUUAGUUCAAUUAGUAUUAAACAAUGUCAGGGCCAUAGCGUUUUGUUAUGUCCGUCGUGUCUGUGAGCUAUUAAUGAAGGAAGUGCGUAGUAUUUUUACUGAAAUUGGACGAGAGGAUUUAAUCACAGAAGUCAUGUCAUAUAGAGGUGGUUAUUCCGCUUCCGAUAGGCGUAAGAUAGAACGUGAAAUGUUCCACGGAAACUUGAAAGCCGUCAUAUCUACGAAUGCUUUAGAACUUGGUAUUGAUAUUGGUGGUCUUGACGCAGUCUUAAUGUGUGGUUUUCCACUAUCUAUGGCUAACUUUCAUCAACAAAGUGGUAGGGCUGGUAGAAGGAAUAAUGAUUCAUUAACGCUCGUGGUUGCAAGCGACUCGCCCGUAGAUCAACAUUAUGUUGCUCAUCCGGAAUCUUUAUUGGAAGUUGACAAUUCAAAUUCUUUUCAAGAACUAAUUCUGGAUUUCGAUAAUAUCCUGAUUUUGGAAGGACAUAUACAAUGUGCAGCAUUUGAACUACCAAUAAACUUCGAGCGCGAUAAGGAAUUUUUUGCUGAAGCUCAUCUUCGCAGAAUUUGUGUAGAGCGCUUACAUCACAAUCAAGAUGGCUACCAUGCUAGUAAUAGGUUUUUACCAUGGCCAUCCAAGCGUGUAUCGUUGAGAGGUGGUGAAGAGGACCAAUUUGCCGUAGUGGACAUAACAAAUGGAAGAAACAUAAUAAUUGAAGAGAUAGAAGCAUCCAGGACAAGUUUUACCUUAUAUGACGGUGGCAUAUUUAUCCAUCAGGGAUAUCCGUAUCUUGUAAAGGAAUUUAAUCCCGAUGAAAGAUAUGCUAAAGUUCAAAGAGUAGAUGUUGACUGGGUUACUAGUCAAAGAGACUUUACAGAUGUUGACCCACAAGAAAUCGAAUUAAUACGUUCUUUGGAAAGCAGUGAUGUUCCUGUGUACUUUGGUAAGAUCAAAACUACGAUUGUCGUGUUUGGCUUUUUUAAAAUGGACAAGUAUAAGAGAAUUAUUGAUGCGAUUGAAACACAUAAUCCCCCCGUCAUUAUUAAUUCUAAGGGUUUCUGGAUCGAUAUACCAAAACGAGUACUAGAUAUUUGCCAAAAGAAACAAUUGAAUGUGGCAGGGGCUAUUCAUGGGGCUCAACAUGCAAUCAUGGGUAUGCUCCCACGAUUUAUAGUAGCAGGUGUGGAUGAGAUACAAACCGAAUGUAAAGCUCCGGAAAAGGAAUUUGCAGAACGGCAAACUAAACGAAGACGGCCUGCUAGAUUAGUAUUUUAUGAUUCUAAGGGUGGUAAGUACGGUUCUGGUUUGUCUAUUAAAGCAUUCGAACAUGUUGAUGAUAUAAUAGAAUCCAGUCUGAAGAGGAUAUCAGAAUGUCCCUGUAGUGACGGAUGUCCUGACUGUGUUGCGGCUUCUUUUUGUAAGGAAAACAGUUUGGUGUUAUCAAAGCCAGGUGCCCAAGUUGUUUUACAUUGUAUCCUGGGACAUAUGGAAAAUGAUUUUAUAGAUUCCAUCAAAGAUGGUCCGGAACCAAAUAUGCCAGAAAUAAAAGUGGAAACAGUUGUUCCUGUGUCAGAACAUGUCAACUUUUCAGAGGAUUUCAAAAUCAUUGAUGUGAGAAAAACAACGGAAGAUGUUACUUCUUCUAGUGAUGUUAUUAAAGAAGAGAAGUAG